CAACAUACACAUGGGCGGAGUCGAUAAGUCCGACCAGAUGAUUAAAUAUUAUGAAGUCCUUCGCAAGAGCCUCAAGUACUGGAAGAAGAUCUUUCUGCACAUGAUUGACUUAGCCGUAUUCAACAGCUACAUCAUGUUUACUGCCCUUCAACAAGAACAUCCUCAAGAUCCACUUCUCAAGAGGAAAGGGCAGUAUACGCAGAAAGACUUCAGGUGUGAGCUUAUGCGAGGGUUGGCUGGAAUCGAUGUCGACGAACCUGUACCACGGUAUUGUGCAUCAACCCAAAGAGUGGUACAGGUUCGGCCACACGUAGAUUACCAACAUCAGCAACACAUACAAACACUACAACAACAAAUGCAUCAACAACAAAUACAACAUCAGCAAGCCAUACAAACAAUGCAACAACAACAGCAUCAACAACAAAUACAACAUCAACAACACAUACAACAACAACAACAAAUGCACCAACAACAACUGCAACAACUACAACAACAACACCUCUUGGAACGACAACAAAUAGAACAACGAAUACAACUCAUACAACAGCAACAACAACAACAACAACAACUCUUACAGCAACAACAACAACAGCAACAGCAACAGCAAAACCCUCGGUAUAGCUCACACAUCCCGAUUGUAGCAGAGCGGUCAGUACGUUGCAUUGUUUGCUCCAGCGCAGGUAGAAAAAACACCAAAACCCGCUAUAGGUGUCAAGAAUGCAACGUACCCCUCUGCGUGUCAUCCGCUGACAGACAUUGUUUUAUGACAUAUCAUUCUUGAUUGCUUUUGACAUAUCAUUCAUAAUUGCUAAUAUAUUAUAUGUAUUUGUGUACAUAUUUGUAUAAAUAUUUGUAUAUAUAUUUGCAUAUAUAUAUUUGUAUAUAUGCAUUAUGUUUGCUGUAUAUAUUUCCACUGGCAAGUAGAGUUAGUUUUAUAUAAUGUCAAUAUAAACAGUGUGUACAG